AGAAAAGGACAAGUCGUGUAAUGCAUUUAUGCAAUCAAUAUCCAAAGCUGGGUGUAGGACACUCCUAUCGCACGCUACACUGCUAGACUACUAGUGUCAUACUAACUGUGCCCUGUCCCUUUCUCCCCCACUACGAUUCUCGUCGGUAUAAAAGCAUCAGCAGGUGCGCACUCUUAUCCGCCCGUUUUCUCACCCUCUUUUCUUCUUCUCCUCAACGAUUUGAAAGGCAGUUGCUCCGAAGAUCGUCUUUACUUCUCCCCCUCUCUCCCCUUUCUCCUGCACCCCGUACACGUUCGCUCCUUUGCAUCCCUUGCCCACUCCCGCUGUCUUUUGCUGUGCCCUUGUAUCACUGAUACUCCCGUCUUCGACAUUUCCGCCUAUUCGCCUAUUCAAUCCAAUGGACACCUCAAAUCCCAUCGACAGUACAGGGUCAUAUUUUGACCUUGUCAAACCUAUCAGCAUUCCAAAUAUCACCUCAUUUCACCACGAGCCAGACAUAGAUGGGAUCUUGCCAGACCAAGUCUAUUUAUUGACAUCUUUCCGCCCAAAACACUUCUUCCAUCUCUCAUCACUGCACGCGACCACGCAUGUAUUAGACACAGUAGACAAGGAUGUCCUCCCAGAGUACCUACAGUCCUUCCAUGACUCUGGCAUCAGCAGUGCUAGAUUGAAGCGAUUUAACUGGCUGCAUCCAAGGAAUUACUCUGGCGACGGAUCCCUCAGCGAUGAUUACGCCCUGUCGGCCUAUGGGACGAGUGUCUCCUCCCCUCGAGGCGAAGCAUGGGAGAUUGUCGAUCGUGGGCCUAGGAAAAGCAUCGAUGAGUUGUGGGACGAAGUAUUCGAAUAUCAGCAGCGGAUAAAGCUGCUCGAAGAGGUCCAUCAAGCACAGGCGGCGGCGGCUGCUCAAAGGCAAUACCCAGAUCUUGAUCAAAUCGAAUGUAGUCAAGAACGGUUACAGCGACAAGUAAGAGGAGGAGGCGGCGAAGAUACCUCCGAUCGGGUGUGGCCCGAAUAUGGUGACGGCUCCGAGACAUGCUACACACCUUGUUCGUCCACGAUGUCCGGGUCGGGCCUGUCGACGGUCGCACCAAGUCUUGUUUUGUUCGCUACAAAGACCAUGGCCACGUUGGGUCAAACUCCGAUGAAGAUCACCUCAGGGACGCUGACACAGAUCGAUAGAACGACCGUCUAUGCCUCCCGAAAGGGAGUCCGAUCCGACCGCGGAUCUGCUCUCCACCUGCUGCACUCGACCUUUGGCGCCUUCGCGUGAAAAAAAAAAGUAAUACAUGCAUGCGAGGGGGACGUAUACA